UCCUCGAUUCUACGCAACCCCCCCACCAAUCCGAACAAUGAUCUCACGGUCGGCGAUUGGAAGAAAUGCGCAGCUUGCCCUUCGUCGGCAAUGCUGCGCCCAGCCGGCUAACCGCCGCGGUUUCGCUGCUGCCGUCUCCGGAUCAACUUCAUUCUCGUACGAGACUGCGGAUGUUGGCGGUGUCAAGGUAGCCAGCAGAGAUAUCGCUGGCCCAACUACGAAGCUCGCUGUCGUUGCCAAAGCGGGGACGAGAUACGAAUCGGCCCCAGGGGUGGCCACAGGUCUUGAGUACUUUGCAUUCAAGAACACCGACAAGCGCUCUGCCCUUCGGAUCACAAGAGAGUCCGAGCUGCUUGGAGGUCAAUUGACUGCAUACCACACGAGAGAGGCCUUGGUUGUCGAGGCCAACUUCCUGCGAGAAGAUCUGCCAUACUUUACCGAAUUGCUUGGUGAAGUCAUCUCUCAGACCAGAUACACUUCCCACGAAUACCACGAGGAGGUCGAGGCUCGCCUCCACCUCGAGCAGAAGCGUAUAUUCGCCGAUGCGUCUCAUAUCGCAAUCAACUCAGCACACGGGGUCGCAUUCCACAAAGGCCUUGGAAACCCACUGUUCCCAUCCCCAUCAACCCCCCUGAGCAAGUACUUGAACGAGGAAUCCAUCAAAGCAUUCGCUUCCAGCGCUUACGCCAAGCCAAAUAUCGCUGUCGUUGCCAACGGUGCUAGCCAGGCCGAAUUGGCCAAAUGGGUUGGCGAAUUCUUCACCAAUGUCCCAGGCUCCUCUUCAACUGUAUCGAGCGAAGCGACAAAAUACUACGGUGGAGAGGAACGUACUGCACACGGCUCUGGCAACAGCUUGGUUAUCGCCUUCCCAGGAUCCAGUUCUUUCACAGCUGGUGGAUCCUACAAGCCCGAAGUCUCGGUUCUCGCAGCUCUGCUCGGAGGUAAAUCUACCAUCAAGUGGUCUCCAGGUUUCUCCCUUCUCUCGAAGAGUUCUGCAUCCUUCCCUGGCGCCAGCGCCGCAACGUCCCACUUUGCCUACUCUGACGCGGGGCUUUUGGCAAUUGAGUUCAGCGGCUCUGCGCAAGCCAUCCGUGCUGCAUCCACUGAGGCUGUCAAGGCCCUCAAGAGCAUCGCUGAAGGUUCCAUUAGCAAGGAAGACUUUACCAAGGCCGUUGCCCUUGCGAAGUACCGAGCGUUAGAGGAAGGCCAAAACUUUGAGGCUGGUCUUGUCUCGACCGGCACCGGUCUUAUCCACGGUGGAAAGGCCUUCCAGAUUGACGAGGUUGGCAAGAGUGUCGAGUCUGUGACUGCUGACCAACUGCAAUCGGCAGCGAAGGCCCUGUUGGAGGGCAAGGCGACUGUUUCGGCCGUUGGAGAUCUGUAUGUACUGCCCUACGCAGAGGAGCUUGGCCUCAAAGUAUAG